AUGAACCAGAACAUCGACGACAGGCCGUUCACCAUCAGGAGGGUGGCCAAGCCCGGCUCCUCCAUCACCACCGCGCCCAUGGUGGUGUCGUGCACCUGGUCCAUGCUGGACACCGACAACAUCUACAGGUACGUGUGCAAGUCCGAGGACCUGAUCUCGAUCACCGGCUGCAUCGACCACAAGACCGAGGGCUGCAAGGGCCACCACAUGAAGGACCAGAACGACACCGCCUGGCUGAUCCCGUUCGGGUUCGCCACCGGGGACGAGCUGAGGUACAGCGACGCCGGGAUGAUCAACACCGCCGUCUGCGCCGGGGACAAGACCGCCGAGGACGUCAUGGAGUACUGCUUCUCCAGAAUCAAGGGCAAGAGGGGGAUCCUGCGCAAGAUGUGCAACUCUACCAGGCCCACCAACACCAUGAGGUGCGUGGAGUCCCCCAUGAAGCCGAACCCGAACGACCCGAUGUCCGACCAGCUGGGCCACAUCGCCAUGCCGAACGAGUUCUUCGACAAGGGCAAGUUUCUGUUCAUGACCAAGGACGGCAGGUUUGAGAUGACCAGGAUGAAGGAGGGGGACCUGGUGGCGUACGGGAGGUGCCCGUCGCAGGGGGUCGACAGCGCCUUGCCGAUGAAGGUCAGGAGGACCCUCGAGGGCGAGUUCUCCACCAGGGUGCCGCUCGACGUCUGCAAGAUGAACAACACCGACUUCGACGGCGACGAGGCCUGGGUGUACAAGAUGGCGUCCGGGGACGCGAUCAAGGAGAUGGAGAUGGCCUGGGACAGGGUCUGGGUCAAGGAGGGCCGCACGAGCAUCUACUCCAACCUGGUCAGGGUCGUCAACGAGGCCGGCGGGGACCCCAGCAUCGACCCGGCGAUGUACACCACCAUGCCCCUCGAGGACAUGAUCAGCCACCCGGGCGGGGAGAUGUACGACCUCCUGAUGUUGAAGCCGCGCAACUGGAACGUGAUGGGCAAGACCACCUUCGAGGACACCUACUGGCACAGCUGGGUGGAGAGGUCCAUGGACGGCAUCGUCAACUCGAUGAUGAGCAAGUACGGGAUCGGGGAGCCGUACGUGCAGAUGCGCGACGCCAUGAUGAUGGGCACCACCGUGAUCAGGGACAAGAAGUUCAUCAGAGUCAGGACCAUGGACCCGCAGCCGGUGCCGGCCGUGUUGGCCACGGAGGGGAUGGGGUUCGGCAGCUGCGCCUCCGCCUUGACGAAGAUGACCGCCAGCUUGUACCAGAGGGAGAUCGACGCCGCCAAGCACGGCAAGGACUCGGGGAAGACCACCGCCGUCGAGACGCUGCUGAAGACCAGCGACCACUGCUUCGGGUUCGUGAACGAGGGCGGGCCGCCGAGGGUGAAGAUGAUGACCAUCACCGACGCCACGAGGACCACCUUGCCGUACACAUUCGAGACACUAGCCGAGGUCAGAGGCAACAGGAAAAUGGGGGAAGAGCGGUUGAGCUCCUGA